UCCCGACACGUUUUGUUUGCCUCCUGCUCUUGGGUAGAGUCAACGAUCGAACCAUGAAGGUAUCCUGAAAACCGACGCUUUGCUGAGAUGAGUAUCACGCUUUUGAAACCGAUCUGAUGUACGUUAGUUUUCAACAGAGGAGCUCCAGGAAGUCACCUGGAUUUAGUCCUGGACAAGAUGAGGCUCGGUGCGAUUCGCCUCGCGAAUAUACUAUUCUUCCUUCUGUGGAACCCCGGCGUGAUAAAAUGUUAUAACGUGCCGUGUGUGUUCAACACAAUGUGCAUGUGUUGGGUCCAGGACGAUGACGACGACUUUACCAAAAUGGAUAUCAGUUGUAUGGGAGUUCCAUUCGCGCGAUUUCCUGACGUUUCGGUGAGCUACGUGACGCAGCUGGAUAUCGUCGGCUCCGGCAUGCAAGUGCUGGACAACGACGCGCUUGCAAGCUCCGCGGGUGUCGAAGCUUUGGGGCUGAUGAGCAAUCGAUUAUCCAGCAUAGGUGACAAGUCUCUAUUAGGUAUUACGGACAGUCUACGUUCGCUAGAUCUGAGCUACAACUCCCUCGAGGAUGUACCAUUCAAGGCCUUUCGCAACCUAAAAAAACUGAAUUGGCUGAAUAUGCACAGCAAUCAUCUAACGUCGUUGGACGGUGACUGGGGCCGCACCAGAGACACCUUGUCGAACGGGUUCUUCGGCGACAAUUCGAUCACCGAAGUACCCAGGCUUUUCUCGAGCUUCGGCGCGUUGGUUUGGUUGAACGUAGACAGCAACAACAUCGAGGAGUUCCCGAAGGAAUGCCUGCCGCCGAAUAUGCACACUCUGAGUAUUAACAAUAAUCUCCUGAAGGAAUUCCCGCAGUCUCUGGAAAGCUUGAAAGCCCUCACCUGGCUCUACAUGAGGGGAAACAACAUCAGAUAUCUGGAACUGCCGGAUUUCCGCAGUUCCAGUCUGGAGCUGAUCGAUCUCAGCGAAAACUCCAUCGAGUGGAUGAAGACACCGACUUUGAGCAAUCGCACGUUGAAGGUGGUGGACUUCAAUCUCGCUAGUAACAAACUGACAUCGUUGCCAGGCAGAAUGUUCGAUCGGCUGGAAAUCAAAAGACUGCAUUUGUCGUCGAAUGGCAUCAGGAACGUCGACGACGAAGCCUUUUACGGACUGGAAGACAUUCUUGAGUACUUGAAUCUGGAGAAUAACGAUUUGUCGGCGGUGCCGAACGCCGUCAGUCAAUUGAGAACGUUGUCGUACCUUUACCUGGCUAAUAAUGAGAUUCGAAAUAUCUCCGGCGAGGCAUUUCAAGAAUUCGCGGACCACCUGAAGGCUCUCUCCUUCGCGACUAACAGUUUGGACGCGGUGCCAGUGGCCGCAUUGUCCAGAUGCCAGAGGCUACUGCAUCUGAAUCUCGGUUACAACAAGAUCUCCCACGUAGAGCCGGGUGAUUUCGAGUGGGCUGAGGACCUUGAGAUCCUGCUGCUCAGGAACAAUGUCCUGACGAAACUGAAAGCUGAGACCUUCAAAGGGGCUGGCAAGUUAAAGGAACUCAGUCUGUCGUUUAAUCACCUGACGGAACUCGACGACGACUGUUUCGUCGGCAUCGAGGAGAGUCUGGACAUUCUCGAGUUGAGCUUCGCCUUCGCCACGGACGUGUUUCCACAGCGUGCGCUCAGACCACUCACGAAUCUUUUGUGGCUGGUUUUGGACAACAACAAUUUCCAAACGAUCGAGGCGACAGCUUUCUACUCCUUCCAACAGCUGCGUUACAUCAGCAUGGAGUCGAACAGGCUGCAUUACCUGCCCGAGAGAAUAUUCCUCUCGAGCGUGCAUCCCGAAUUGAAAGACGUCAAACUGGGCUACAAUUUUCUCGAAGCGAUUCCCGAGUCGAGCUUCCACAAUCUAACCGAGCUACGUUCCCUCGACCUCACUGGAAAUCGAAUAAAGGUUUUGGCGCCUGGCUCGAUCAUAGAUUGCCCUAAGCUGGUGACCAUAUCGUUAGCUUACAACAGGAUACAGAAAUUGGAGAGGAACGCUUUCUAUGGUCUGUCCAGCUUGCGUUUCCUUCACAUGGAAUUCAACAAGCUGACCGUGCUGGAUCUGGUUGCCAUCUCGGAGAUCGGCGGCCCCGACUUCGCCUUGAACGUCUCGUACAACGCAAUCGCGUUCAUUGACUCGGGAUCCUCGUUGAACAAUCUCACCAGACUAGACCUGGGAUUUAAUAAUAUCAGUCAUCUCUCCCCGGACACGUUUUACGGCACGCCCGAUCUGAAAAGUUUAAAUCUGCAGAACAACUUUCUCACAACGAUCGAUCCAGGAACGUUCGGGCUUCCUCAUCUGGAAAUUCUGGAGCUGAGCGAGAACAAGAUCGAUACGCUGCGUAAGCAAUCCUUCCACGGUCUGGAGUCUCUCCAGCGACUGAACCUCGGCGGAAACGAGAUCGCCCAGUUGUCGACCGAGCAGUUUAGGAACCUGAAGAAUUUGCGAAUCCUGAAUCUCUCAAACAACAAGAUCCGAUCAUUGCCGAGAGACGUCUUCGAGGGCACCAGAAUGGAGAUCCUUGAUCUCAGCCACAAUAAAUUCACCGCCGUGCCCUCCGCGUCGUUUUUGGAGGUCGGCUACACCUUGAGGGAUCUCAACAUGGCGGAGAACUUCUUGGAUCAUCUAGACUCGACAGCUUUCCCGACUUCUCAGCUGGUGUUUUUGAAUUUGGCGCAAAAUCGUCUGACGAUAUUGCCAGAUAAUUCGUUCGUCUCCUUGAGCAAGUUACUGAGCCUAAACGUGUCACAGAAUAUUCUUCAAGCGAACUUCAAAGAACUGUUUCAUUAUCUGCCGGACCUCAGGCAACUCUAUCUGGCCAACUGCGGUCUCAGGAACAUACCAAUGCUACCGUUGACAAACUUAAACGUCUUGGACUUAUCUUUCAACAAUGUUGACGAGACUGCCGAUAAGCAGUUUCAAUAUCUGGAAGGUCUAAAAAUACUCUUGUUGGUCAAUAACUCGUUGACAUCGAUGCCUGGCGUUCGACUGAACCUUCUGAGAGAACUCGACGUUUCCGGCAAUCCUAUCGAGGAACUGACGAAGGAGAGUUUCCUGGGUUACCUGCGAUUGGAAAAGUUAAACUUGAGAAACUUGAAUCGCACCAGGUCAGUAGACAAGGACUGCCUUCGACCGUUGAAGUACCUGAAACACCUGCGCAUCCAAACGUGGCCGCAGGCUGACGGCUUUCAUCUCCGUCACUUGCUGUCCGGCUUGCCACUUCGAACGGUCGAGAUUCAAGUGACAGAGCACCUGCUGAAGCACCAGAUACAAAACGCUUUUACGAAACAAUUGAGAGAGCUAACGAUCACCGGAAGCGAUCUCGAGCUGAUCUCCUCCGAGGCGUUCUCCACAAUCGAAGGCGGCGAACUGAUACUGCGAAUUAAGGAUACGCACGUCCGCAGAUUACAGUCGGAUAUUUUUCUAUCGUUGACAAAGAGAUUGUCCCAGCUUACUCUGGAUCUGAGGAACAAUCACAUCAACGAAUUAAGUCCGUCGAUAAUCUACGGCAAUCUCUCUUGGGAGACUGUAGGAACCAACAUGGUGGCCGGUGGGCUGCAGGUAUCGGGGAACCCGCUCGAGUGCGACUGCGAGAUCGCGUGGCUGAGCCUGUGGCUGCGCAGGUGGCUGAGGGAGUCCCGGCAGAUCCACACGGCGUCGCAAUCCGACGCCAGGCAAUUGAGGACCAUAGCCGGCCGAGCGGUGUGCACGGAGACCACUCCGUCGUACUCGUCCGACAAGGUCCUGCUGACACUGGGUACUCCGCACACCGCCUGCCAAGCGUCCGCUCUCAGCUCGGGGAAUUACGAACGCCUGGCGACAGCCUGGCUGGCCUUCGUCAAGUUUUUCAUCCUCGUUUUUGUCGUUAACUAAUUGGCCGCGAGUUCGUGCAGCGACAGAAGAGUCGUCUCGUCGAGAACCGUUCGAAACCGUCAUCUGACCGUCGUAGCUAUCUUAAUUCCGAAGCGAAGACGAGGAUUCGCGUGGAUCGAGCCUUUCCUUGGGAAAGGGACUCGGAUGUCUCUUCCCGAGUGUAGAAUUCUAGUCCAAAGUGAAACGAGGAAAGUACGUGUUACUUUUCCGGCACAUUGUUAGAUUGAAUUUUACGCCAGAUAAUUAUACCUGUGUAUAGAUUAUCGCCUCUCUCUGGUAACGCCAGAACGAUCUCCGCAAGGUCCCCUUUCAUAUUACGUGUAACGCGCAUAAAUGAAUACUUUCCACAUGUUGCGUACCUUUCGCACGAUUCAAAUGAUGCAACAUUAUGAUUCGGUAUAUCGCGGCUUUCACUUAAAAUUUCUCACUAUCGCUGAGACAUAAAGAAAGCAUCGUAUAUAUAUAUUGCGUAAGCGUUAAUAUCCCCUUUACGUGAUGAGUUUCUAAAUAAAAAAAAGUGAGAGAAGUUUCUAGUGAUUUAAACGGUCGCACGAGAGUUUGCGAGAGACUUUAAUAUUGAAUUCACGUAGAAGAAACGUAGAUAUAAAGAUAUUUCCACGGAACAGUGUAAACAUUUUUUAUGUAAGGUUAACAAUAAAAGUAAUCGAACAACUGAUUACGGUUAUCUCUCCUGUUAUUUCCGCGC